CCGGCAGCCGGAGCCCCGCCCCGCGCCGCUCUGCGCACGCGCCGACCUCGGGCUGCCCGCGGAGCUGCCUGAGCCCGCGUGCGAGGCUGGGUCGCUCAGCGCAGGGACGCCCUUGGGGCUGUUCCCUGGAGCCUUUUUCCCCCUCAGGGCUGUCCGCAAUUUUCUGUCGCAGGUUGUCUUCCGGGAGGGCAGAUUGCGGUGCUUUUGGCUUAGUUCUCGUGCGUCCCCGCAGGCUCCUGAAGGGACCGGGCCCAGACGCGUGGGGGCCUCGCGCUCCGGCCGGAAGUGUCGCGCGCUGCCGGGCAGUGGCGGGCCGGUGUCUGCGAGCGGCCUGCGCGGCCGCGGGGGCCAUGGGGCGGCGGUCGCGGGGGCGGCGGCUCCCGCAGCAGCAGCGGCCCGAGGGCGCGGAGGACGGCCCCGAGGGCGGCGGGAAACGCGGCGAGGCGGGCUGGGAAGGCGGGUAUCCUGAGAUCGUCAAGGAGAACAAGCUGUUCGAGCACUACUACCAGGAGCUCAAGAUCGUGCCCGAGGGCGAGUGGGACCAGUUCAUGGGCGCACUCAGGGAGCCCCUCCCGGCCACUUUAAGAAUUACUGGUUACAAAAGCCACGCAAAAGAGAUUCUCCAUUGCUUAAAGAACAAGUAUUUCAAGGAAUUGGAGGACUUGGAGGUGGACGGUCAGAAAGUGGAAGUUCCACAGCCACUGAGUUGGUAUCCUGAAGAACUUGCCUGGCACACAAAUUUAAGUCGAAAAAUCUUAAGAAAAUCUCCACAGUUGGAAAAGUUUCAUCAGUUUCUAGUUAGCGAAACUGAAUCUGGAAAUAUCAGCCGUCAAGAAGCAGUUAGCAUGAUCCCACCACUGCUGCUCAAUGUCCAGCCUCAUCACAAGAUCCUAGAUAUGUGUGCAGCACCUGGCUCAAAGACUACACAAUUAAUUGAAAUGCUACAUGCCGACAUGAACGUCCCUUUUCCAGAGGGAUUUGUUAUCGCUAAUGAUGUGGACAACAAGCGCUGUUAUCUGCUCGUUCAUCAAGCCAAACGGUUAAGCAGUCCCUGCAUCAUGGUAGUAAACCAUGACGCAUCCAGUAUACCCAGACUCCUGAUAGAUGUGGACGGAAGGAAAGAGAUUCUCUUCUAUGAUCGAAUUUUAUGUGAUGUCCCUUGCAGUGGAGAUGGCACUAUGAGAAAAAACAUUGAUGUCUGGAAGAAGUGGACCACCUUAAAUAGCUUGCAGCUACAUGGCUUACAGCUACGUAUUGCAACUCGAGGUGCUGAACAGCUGGCAGAAGGUGGGAGAAUGGUGUAUUCCACAUGUUCACUGAACCCCAUUGAGGAUGAAGCAGUCAUAGCGUCUUUGCUGGAAAAAAGUGAAGGGGCUUUGGAGCUGGCCGAUGUGUCUUCUGAAUUACCAGGGCUGAAAUGGAUGUCUGGAAUCACACAGUGGAAGGUAAUGACAAAAGAUGGGCAGUGGUUUACAGAUUGGGAUGAUGUCCCUCACAGCAGACAUACCCAGAUUCGACCCACCAUGUUCCCACCAAAGGACCCGGAAAAGUUACAAUCGAUGCACCUAGAGCGGUGCCUUAGGAUAUUACCACAUCAUCAGAAUACUGGAGGGUUCUUUGUGGCAGUAUUAGUGAAAAAAUCAUCAAUGCCAUGGAAUAAACGUCAGCAAAAGCUGCAGGGUAAGUCUUCAGAGAGCAGAGAAACCACACAGUUGGGCCCUGCAGAUCCCACAGAAGGGAAACCCACCAACCCCUCCAAGCUGGAAAGCCAGUCGGUCACAGGAACUGGCGACACAGAAAUAAUUCAAACAACUGAGAAUUUAGAGAAUAAUGGCAAUAAGAGAGAUGGCGUGUGUGGUCCUCCUCCUUCAAAGAAAAUGAAGUUAUUUGGAUUUAAAGAAGAUCCAUUUGUGUUUAUUCCUGAGGAUGACCCACUCCUUCCCCCUAUCGAGAAAUUUUAUGCUUUGGAUCCUUCCUUCCCCAAGAUGAACUUGUUAACUCGGACUACAGAAGGGAAGAAACGGCAGCUCUACAUGGUUUCCAAGGAGCUGCGAAACGUGCUGCUGAACAACAGCGAGAGGAUGAAGGUCAUUAACACAGGGAUAAAAGUCUGGUGUCGAAAUAACAGUGGUGAAGAGUUUGACUGUGCUUUCCGGCUGGCACAGGAGGGAAUAUAUACAUUGUACCCAUUUAUUAAUUCAAGAAUUAUUACCGUGUCAAUGGAAGAUGUCAAGACACUAUUGACCCAGGAAAAUCCAUUUUUUAGAAAACUCAGCAGUGAGACAUACAGUCAAGCCAAGGACCUGGCAAAGGGAAGCAUCGUGCUGAAGUAUGAACCGGAUUCUGCGAACCCAGAUGCCCUUCAGUGUCCCAUUGUGAUGUGUGGGUGGCGGGGAAAGGCCUCCAUCCGAACGUUCGUGCCCAAGAAUGAACGGCUUCAUUAUCUCAGGAUGAUGGGGCUGGAGGUGUCGGCAGAAAAGAAGAAAGAAGGGGCUGUUCCAGCGGGCGAGAGCGCAGGUGGUGCCGGGCAGCCAGAGGGCGAGGUGAGUGAGGAGCAGAGAGCAGGGGCGGCCGGCAGCCUGGACGCAGAAGCGAGCUGUGACCACAAUGUGGCGGCAGGAUGUGACCUGGACGCGGAAGCGGGCUGUGACUCUGACACGGCAGCGGGCUGUGACCCAACGGGGGCCGAGCUGGCCCGGUGAGCGGGCCCAGGCAGGACCCCGCCUUCGUCGUCAUCGUCUGAAACCAAAUCCAGAACUGACUCUGACCGCUUUUAAACAUGCAGACUGACGGGUGACGGGAGCGGCCCGAGUGAUCAGCACUGCUUUCCUGUGCUUAGAAAAGGUAUUCUUUGGGCACCCUAGGAGUUGCUCGUUUUGCUUUGUUUCUCUGGCCAAGCUGUGUCUGGUGUGUCUGCUGCAGUCAUAGACUUUCACUGUUACAGGCGUACUUCUAUCAAGAAGUAAAACUACCCUUGCAGAAAUUUCAGGUCCCUUUUGUUAAGCCUAUAUUGAUUGGUCUUAAGGUCCAGUAUUUUUUUAAGUAUUAUUUAUAGAAAGAAUGUAUAACUCUAUGAAUUGUUGGGAAACUGUACUAUAAGCUUUAAUAAUUGAGUUGCACAUUAGCAGUGUGACCUUAAUAUGCAGUGGGGUUAAUAUCUGAGGCCUCAGAUGACCUCUGUGCCUUUUGUAAUAAAGGAUAAAAUAAGAUGUUUCUCAGAGCAAGAGCUGUAUUGUGAAUUGUGAUACUAAUUAUGAGGGAAUUUUAUGUGCUUUUAUUGAAUGAAGUGCUUUGCAAUUUUUAUUUUUAAAUGGGGCUUGGGAUCCUUGGAAUAUUUAAAUAAAGUUAAUGAUAAUGUGUAUU